AUGCGGCUGGUGACGAAGGCGCAUCCGAAGCUGUGGUUUGGUGUGCGAAAAGCCCUCUCUUUUCUUAGUAACCGACUUGCAGGUAACAGCGGCCAUCGAACCUCGGUUCUGAACUGUGGGGACUUUGAAUCUUAUCCAGUCUACAAGAUGGUCAAUGGCCCGGCUACCGACUGA